AUGAGCACUCUCUUUGCAAGACUUGUUGUAUUAGUAGCGGGUAUCGCAGCCGUGUGGGCUGCCCAACCCAACUCGAUCACACUCAAAGGAGCCUAUACAGGCGUACACGAUCCUUCUGCACUAUGCCAACGUGCUGAUGGGACGUGGUUCAUGUUCUCUACCGCUGUCGGAAUCGCGAUUCGGACAAGCAAAGAUCGAGUAACGUGGACAAAUGCUGGUGUCGUAUGGCCAAACGGCGCGUCGUGGACUGCACCCUAUACUGGCUCGAACAAUGCAAAUCUCUGGGCACCGGAUUGCACCUUUGCGAAUGGACAGUUUUACUUGUACUACUCUGCAUCGACAUUUGGCUCGCGCAAUUCGGCCAUAUUUUUUGCGCGCUCGACGACUGGUAACCAAGGGACGUGGGUCAAUAAUGGACUCGUCUACAGCACCACAACUAGCAGCAGCUAUAAUGCUAUUGAUCCGAAUCUUAUCAUUGACAACGGAAGUUGGUACCUCGCCUUUGGUUCGUGGUCGGCUGGUAUUGGAUUGCUCAAGCUUAGCUCGUCGACUGGUAAACCGUCAAGCACCAGCGUCACACUCUUGGCUACUCGUAGCAAUGGUAUCGAAGCUCCUUUCAUCGUGAAGAAUGGGUCGUAUUAUUACCUCUUCACCUCUUGGGACAAGUGCUGUGCGGGAUUGGACAGCACGUACAAUAUUCGCGUAGGUCGUGCUUCGAGCAUCACGGGCACGUACAAGGACAAGGCUGGGGUUAGCUUGACGAGCGGUGGGGGAACCGUCGUCCUCUCCACGCAUGGAAGCAUCGUUGGACCCGGUGGACAAUCUCUCUUUACGACUGGUGGCGUUACCUAUCUAGUCUACCACUACUAUACCUCCACCGGCUCAAACCUCGGCAUCAACAAGUUGGAUUUCUCGAGUGGGUGGCCUGUUGCUACCAGCAAUUCUGGUGACUGGCCAUUUCUCGAGUACUCUCCUGACGUCUAUCUUACGAUUAACGAGUCCAACUUCUCUAUGCCCGUCGGCUUUCUCCACGCGGCGAUCCGCAAGGUCGCAUCGACGGCGCUCGCCGGUUUCUUUCGAGAAGUGCAUGUUAUCGGCGAGGAAAAUGUGCCACGAGAUGGUCCAUUGAUCGUCGUUUGCACGCAUCACAACAUGAUGAUUGACCCAACAAUCCUCUCAAGUACAAUGCCAGAUCUGAGACCAUUACAUUAUUGGGCAAAGGCGUCGUUGUUCAAGCACCCCAUAGCGCGCAAGAUUCUCCUCGCUAGUGGUGUCAUCCCCGUCGACCGAGGCUCCAAGGACAACAGGAAACUCUUCGCCGGCACGUUUGACGCGUUGUCCCAGGAUGACGCCGUCGCCCUCUUCCCAGAGGGAACAAGCUACACGCUCCCAAGAAUCGUCCAGGUAAAGGACGGAGCAUCCUGGUCGGCACUAGAAUACAUGAAGUGGGUCGCCGAGGGAGGCAAGAACACCAACAACGGCAAAGAGCUCGUAAUCAUUCCAGCUGGAAUCACCUAUACCGACAAGAGCAAAUACAGGAGCUCGGCAGUCAUUGAAUAUGGUCCGCCAAUCCCGCUCGCAGAGUUUAAGCGGCAGUUCCUCUCGACCAAAGAAGGCGACGCUCGCGCAGCGGUAAAGGCCCUCACGCACGCGAUUGAGCAAGCCCUCGUCGAGCUUACGAUCAAUGCACCGAACUGGGAGGUCUUGUACUCAGCACGAAUGGCGAGAGACUUGCUCUUCGAAAGCUGGCGGGGUGUACCGCUUCAUGACUUUAAAGAUGUUGGCCAAACGCUGGUUGAUCUCUUUGCGACUCCUUGGGACGCCGACCCGUCCUUUGUUGCUCUGAAAAAGGCGCUCAUCACGUACCAUUCGCUCCUCAAGUCGACCCAUCUCACAAAUGGAGCUCUCUCGACGCUUCCGUUGUCCAAGAGGAGAUCCACCGACUCGGUCCCAUCUCGCAUGUCGACAAUUGGACCCCUUCUCCGGGAAAGUGUCGCUGUUGGUAUCCGGCUACCGCUAUUCCUCGUCCCUAUGCUCGUCCACCUCCCCAUCUAUUGGGUCACGCGAUGGGUGGGUGAAAAGUCGGCCGAAGACGAAGAGGCCGUCGCGCAGAGCAAGGCUGUCGUUGGUCUCAUCUUGUGCCUUACCAUUUACAGCGUCUGGUUUUGGAUUAUAUCGGCGCUCUUCUGGGCAACAGGUCUUGGUUUCGUCAUUGCGGCCUUGACCGUGUGGGCAAUGGCCUCGUAUCACAGCAAGCUCAUCGACGACAACUAUAUCCGCGCCAAGAGACUACUAUCUGCCUACCGAGUGCUGGUUGGAGUUUGGGGCCCUCAACGCUGGGACAUGUCGCUUUCUGCGCUGACGCAGUACACCGUUACCCAACCGCCUCCACCAAACCCGUUCCUCAAGCUCCCGGAUAGCGUAAAGGACGCCUUUGUCCGAAGCAGCAGCAGCCCGACGGUGCCCACGUUAGCAUCAACGAGCACCGAUCCGUCCUCGUCUUCCGGUGCAGGUGCUAUUACACCCACGACACCCAAAUCGAACAAACGACCGCCUUCUCGCAAGCUCAUUCGUCACUUGUUACGCGCACGUGCUGAAGCCGUCCGACGACUCGCAGCAUUCAUCCGCCGAAUUGACAAAGACGACGUGCGUGUGGCAGCGAGUGGAUUCAUGGCGAAGACGUAUGGUGGUGGACUGGAUAGUUUGUUCACCGUCGGUGGUGGAGAUAUCGAGACGGUGUCUGGUGGUGUCGAGGCCGAGUUGAAUCCUACCGGAUGGAGGAAUGGGAAAGAGGUGGUUGCGUAUCUCAAGAGCAAGGGUGCGAUGGUCGGCAAGUUGCUCCGCGAGGGUGAGAGUGGGGAGCAACCGUAUCAGUGGGACGUGUUGAGUAGUGAGGGGGAGCUCUCUUCGCCUGGCUCGGCGGGUGUGUCGAUCAAGCAGGAGGAAAUGGAAUGGGUGAUCCCGGGUAGCAAGUAA